AGUUGUGCAAUGAGAAAAAGAAAAUACAUAAGUUAAAUCAUGGCUCUCUCAUGCUCAGCCUGUUUUUGGCUCAAAAAAUGUCCAAUGUACCUUGAUUUUCGAUUGAUACAGUCUGGAUGCUCCUUCUUUCACAGCUCUACCUUCCGGUAUGCUAACAGUAACAAGACACACUAUGACAUUUUAGGAAUGGAUCGAAAAGCAUCACAACGAGACAUUCGCUCAGCAUUUCUCACUCUAUCCAAGAAACAUCACCCCGACAUAAACAAGAACAAGGAUGCAAGUAAACAUUUCAUGGAGAUCAAUGAGGCCUACAAUAUUUUAUAUAAUCCAGCGAAACGAUAUCAUUAUGACUUUCAUCUUCAUUCUCAGUCUCAAAUUAAAUGUACACAGAGUCAGACCACUUCACAUUCGAGUGCUUACGAAGAUGUAGGAAAUUACUACAACAUUAGUGAGGAAGAAUGGGCAAAAAUGUACCAAGCCUCCGUACCCAAACGAAACCAUAUUCCUCUCAUCAUGGUCCUCAUUUUCGUGAUGAUCACUGGCAGUAUGGUUCACAGUGUCCGGAUUCAAUCAGCUCACAAGCAGUUUCAGGAGAUGGCAGACGAAGAGACUCGUAAGAACAUGCAGGCAUACAACACUGUCCGAGAGAGAGCAGCAAACUCUACAGUGACUGAGCAGCUAGAAAGACUAUCACAGUUGCAUAGACAAAAUAAGAAACAAUAGUUAUUUAUUUUAUAUCUAUGCAAAAGAUCAUUAUGAGGAUGACAACAAAACAAGCAAACAUCUUGGAUCACCAGUUCACUGGAGCCAUAAUUUUAUUAGUAGCUUUUGUACAGUUCUACUCGUACUCGUACUCGAUUCCAGGUGGAU